AUGGGGGGACCGGACCAUUUUCUCCGGGGGGGGGGGAAGUCUCGCCGGCUGCGGAACUCUCGCGAGAGGACCCGCCACGUGACAGGGGCCGUGGGCGGCCCUCGAGGAGAAGCCGGAAAAUGGCGGGUGCAGGGGGGGGGGAGGGGCAGCUGGGGCCUGCACCUGCUCCUGCUCUGCAUCCUCAGCCUGGGACGGGCCCUGGAGCCACCCGAGGUGUGUUCGGAGUGUCCCGGGAGCCUGCAGAACAGCUCGGAGAUCGCCCGUUACUGCGAUGAGCGGCCGGGGCUGGAGUUGCGGAAACGCUGCUGCCUGACCCAGCGGGGCGUCGUCGUGGGGUUGGAUCUUCAGAACUGCUCCCUGGAGCAUUUGGUCCGCCACUUCCCUCAGGCUCGCACUGCGGUGGUCCUGGACCUGCAGGGAAACCCGCUCCAGGAAUUGUUGGCUUCCUCCUUCCGUGGCUUCACCCAGCUCCAGACCCUGCUGCUGCCUCGUUCCGUGGACUGCCCUGGGGGAAGCACCUCCUGGGACAACAUCACCCGGUCGGGUGGCGGCCAAAUCUGCCAGAGGCCCAAGGACGCCUGCGGUGGCACCAUGAAGUCCGCUGUGGUUUGCCCUGAGAAUUCGCACUGCGCCCCCGACGGACCGAGCCUCUUCCAGUGUCUCUGUGCCGACGGCUUCCGCGGUUACAAGUGCCUGCGCCGGGGCUCCUUCCCACUACCUCUGUUCUUCGGAAUCCUGGGAACUGCCACGUUUUCCAUCUCCAUUUUGCUGUGGGGGACGCAGCGCCGAAAGGUCAAGAUCUGACCCCCGGGGCCGCUCCUGGCUUAGCCCCCGACCGGCCACUGACCCGGGGAACCGGGACCCGCCGCCUCCUCGGGAAGAUCCCCCUCGGGGGAUGGAGGAAGGACAGGUAGAUGGUGGCAGUAACUUAGGGGAUGGGGAAAGGAGGCUGCAGGCAGCUCCCCCGGUCUCCAGCAAAGGAUGGAAAGCGCGACUCGGUUUUCUAGUGUUCGGAACUCGUCGGUCCGUUUCUAAUAAACGCUAUUUUAGGGGAAGGUGGCA